UCCUCCUCCUCCUCCUCCAAGAUGUCGGCGCUCACAGUGUCAGGUCACACAGCUGUUUGUCACCUGGACACCAACGCACCGACUCGGACCGCUUCAGCCUCAGCUUUAGGUCCACAACUGAACUAAAUACUGCACAUCAGUGAUGAGAACAUUUAAGAAGUUUGCAUUCGCGUGAUGGAAUUUCCUCCUGGUAACGUUGAAGAUGAACACUGCCUCCAGAGAGAUUUAGCAAAGGAAGAUGGUUUGAAAUCUGAAUCGCCAGACCAGGAAAACACAAACUUUGCAUUAACUGAAGACGGACCUGUAAAUCAGACUUUGGAUUUCAAAGCGCCUCUACAUCAUCACCCAGAGCUCCCAGAAGGAUGGAAGACAAUCGUAAAAGAAAGAAAAACUGGGAAGUCAGCAGGAAAACACGAUGUUUACAUUGUAAGUCCCCAGGGGAAGCGGUUUCGAUCUUCUAAGGAACUUGCAAAUUAUUUUCAACAAUCUACCGGAGAUGAAAUUACAACCAAUUGUGCUAUCUCUGGCCAAGGCAAAACUCGGAAAGCUUCUAGAACUGCGGCUAACCAGGCAGCAGCUCCGGCACAGGUUCCAACGCAAGAGAUGGGGGAUACUUUGCAAAAGCCUGAGACCGAGACAAUAUCCCAAACAGUUAAAAGGCGGAGGUGUGCGAGAGUUAGCAGUACUUCAAACAAGAAAUCCGAGAAAGGUGCGGGAAUGCAAGACUUUGGUAAGCUCAGAAAGAAGUGCAGAAGAGAGCCGUCUUCAAACACGAGGCAGAAAAAGUCUCUUUUAACUGAAAAGGAGGAAACGCUGCCUCUGCAAGGAAAGCAUAGUUUCAAAGCUGAGAAGACAGCGAGCACGAAAAGGUCCAAAAAAGAUAAAGAAGAAAGAAGAGAACAGCUUUUAAAGGAGGAACUGUCUGGAACCCCACACACACCAGAAUUACAAAUGAUAGAAGAUGCUAAACAAGCUGUCUUGGAGACAUCUGAAUUUAACAGGGAUUCAGCACAGAUCAGUCAGAAAGAUGCUUCCACUGCCUUGUCAUUGCCUGAGGUAACGAUUUCUGGAAAAAAAUCUGAAUCAACACCAAGUGUACUUUGUUUGGAAACAGAUUUAUUCAAAUCAGAGCCUAAUUCUGAAGACUCGGACAAUAGAAUAUUGGUGUGUCAUUCGGAUGGCAACGCUUUUACAUCACUGAAAACCCAAGAGAAUCAUCAUCCAAGAGCAAAACUCGACAGGAGGAAAACCAGUCCUUACUUUUCUAAGAAAUACUCUAAAGGAGCUCCAAGCCCUCCAUGGCAGAAAGCAUUCAAUAAGUGGACGCCUCCUCGAUCCCCAUUCGACCUGGUGCAAGAGACGCUCUUCCAUGAUCCAUGGAAGCUUCUUAUCGCAACCAUGUUUCUCAACAAAACCUCUGGUAAAAAGGCCAUUCCCAUGCUGUGGGAGUUCCUGGAACAAUACCCUUGUGCUGAAGUGGCUCGAGCAGCUGAUUGGAAGGAAAUCGCAGAGCUUAUGAAACCACUCGGCCUAAAUGAACUGAGAGCCAAAGCUAUCGUCAAAUUUUCUGAUCAGUUCCUGAAUAAAUCGUGGAAGUACCCGAUUGAGCUGCAUGGCAUUGGGAAGUAUGGAAAUGAUUCCUACCGGAUUUUUUGUAUCAAAGAGUGGAAGGAGGUACAGCCUCAAGAUCACAAACUGAACAAGUACUGGGCCUGGCUUUGGGAGAACCACGAGAAGCUUGGUCUGACCCGACCCAAGGACAUUACUUCGGCCACCCUCAUACCCCCACCUUCCACGCCCUCCACCCUUCCUGAUCCCACCCCCACUCCCCCGUCCCCGCUCGGGUCCUAAUCCCUGACUGUUCAGCGCCUUGGGACGUCCUCCCGACUUGAAAGGUGCUUUACAAAUGUAACUUUGUAUUGUAUUGUACUCUGUUGGUGGAGAUUCACAGUCUCUGAGUAAUGUUCAGCUUUGUUGCCCUGUGAACACAAACAUAAAAUGCCUUAAUAAACUGCUGAAUGAAUCCCACAACUCUUCAAUAUACCGCACACCAACUGAUCAUUUAAAAUGAUCACAAGUAUGCCAGAUGUGACUUUGAAUGCAAACCAUAUCACUGUACAGACCGACAACCAGCCGUGAUCAGCUGAGACGUUAUCCUGUGUGAUGGGCACUGUAUAAGUGCAAGUUGUUGUUGUUGUGCCAAUAUCACUUGGGACUUUUUUUUUCUAAAGUGCAGUCAGUUCUCAGUUUGACAUCAUGAAAUAGAAGCAGUAGGUUGCAAAACAUUUUACUUGUACAGUUUUUAUUAUGAACGGACUCAUAAACUCGCUGUGAUAAGUAGUUUGUUAUCUCAUCAUGUGAGAUACAGAAUUUAUUCCACAGGCGUAAGGUAACUACCCGAGCAAAAACCUUUCCCUCAAACCGCCCACCACUUGUCCCACAAUGGGGAGNAAAAAAGUAUUGAGUUUUAGAAGCUUUUAAAUGAUGUUGUGUGUGUGUUUGUAAUAGAAAUGGCUUGUACAGUAUUUUCAAUUUUAUACUUUGAUGAAAUGUUAAAUAAAUGUUAAAAUGG